AUGUGCGCCUUCUGGAAAAAGCGUACCUUUAGGGUGCGCGAUAACAACAGAACGCCUGCGGCAGAAUUGACACUCCGACAAUCGUUGUAUCCGAUUUGCCUCGUUACCAUCCUCUUUUUCCUCUGGGGCUUUUCGUAUGGCCUGCUCGAUACCUUGAACAAGCAUUUCCAGAAUACGCUCGGAAUUUCCAAAGCGCGUUCCUCGGGUUUACAGGCUGCUUACUUUGGCGCUUAUCCCUUAGCGUCGCUUGGGCACGCAGCCUGGAUCCUUCGCCGCUAUGGCUAUCGGGCGGUUUUUAUCUGGGGUCUGUUCCUUUAUGGAGUGGGUGCUCUCCUUGCUAUUCCCGCAAUCAAAGCGCAUUCCUUUGGAGGCUUUUGUGCGUGCAUCUUUAUCAUCGGAAACGGACUCGGUUCGUUGGAGACGGCAGCAAAUCCAUAUAUCGCCGUCUGUGGGCCUCCUAGGCAUUCUGAGAUCCGCAUCAACAUUUCUCAGGCAUUCAACGGUGUCGGAUCUGUGGUAGCGCCGGUUCUCGGAUCCUACGUCCUUUUCGACUUCGACGACCAGCGGGCUCUACAGAAUGUUCAGUGGAUCUAUACAGCCAUUGCAAUCUUUGUCUUCGGCCUCGGUCUGAUUUUCUUCGUUUCUACAAUUCCUGAAAUUACGGACGCGGAUAUGGAGUAUCAGUCUCGACAGACCAAUGAUGGAGAAAACGAUAUGCCCCUCAGAAAGCAUUAUCGUCUCUUCCAUGCAGCAUUUGCGCAGUUUUGCUACUGUGGCUCGCAAGUCGCCAUUGCGGGAUACUUUAUUAACUAUGUGACUGAGACACGCCCUGGCACAGAUUCCAGCCUUGGCAGUAAAUUCCUCGCUGGUGCCCAGGCCGCUUUCGCUGUUGGCCGGUUUUUUGGAGUGUUCCUAAUGCAUUUCUUCAGACCCCGUUGGAUCUACGGGAUUUUCAUGACUAUGUGCAUUGUUUUUCUCGCCCCGUCCAUCACCCAAAAAGGGAACACGGGUAUGUCAAUGCUGUAUAUCACACUAUUCUUCGAGUCGAUCUGUUUCCCAACCAUUGUUGCUCUUGGCAUGCGUGGACUGGGCCGUCAUACGAAAAGAGGCUCAGGAUUCAUCAUUGGUGGAGUUAUAGGAGGCGCUUGUGUUCCGCCGCUGCUAGGAGCAACAGCAGACCUCCACAGCACGGCGUUUGCUAUGGUUGUCCCCCUCUGCUUUUUUGUUGUAUCUUGGUCGUAUCCUCUAUGCGUCAACUUCGUGCCGUCGUAUCGCGAUUGCGUCGAUGCUUACACCACCACCGACGUUGGCGUCCAACCGCACGAAAGCAAUGUUGACGAAGAGAAAACUAGUAAGCCAGUGGUACAACUGACAGAAGAACUGUAG